AUGGGAGGAAUUCCGUAUUCAUCUAAAGGAUGCUUGACCUGCAGAAAACGCAAGAUUAAGUGUGGCCUUCAAAUACCCGCCUGCAUACAAUGCAUGAAGCGAGGAAUUGAAUGCGGCGGGUACUCUGCAAACCGCAUUUUCAUCAGUUAUGACCAAAAGACAAUGCAAGUACAAAAUGUCGGCCGCACAAGAACGGCGACGCCCAAGAGUCUCGACGACAUCAACUCCGUCCCAGAGAUACGGGAACAGCUUUUCGCCACGUUCAUGGGUGCUUACUUCCCUGCUUGCAUGGAUGGAGACACUCAUGUGGACUCUUGGCGAUAUCUCAUCUCGAGCUUCCAAGUAUUACCGCACAAGACUAUGAUGCUCCAGCGAGCACUUUCAGCAAUUUGCUGCGUGUAUAUUGGUCGAAUCAAUGAUGACGAACGUCUAUCUCAUCACGGCAUUCAACUUUAUAAUUCUUCGAUGCGGUCUAUGUCAAAGAUGCUUUGUACGAAGACUCACAGUGAAGAAUCCCUUUAUGCCACCGUUAUCUUCCAGAUGAUUGAGAAAUGCAUAACGGUCAAAAAGAGCACAGGCCCAAGCGGUGUUCACGGCUGUGCGAACGGCUUCGACCCCUGGGUUUUUCACAUGCAGGCAAUGAGCAACCUACUUAAGGAAAAUCAGCACAAACUAAGCACCAAUCCUCUAAUGAACGCUGUAUCCAGUAGCCAUGCAAAACUAUCAAUAAUCUAUGGUAUUUUGGCAGUCAGGGGGCCCGGAGAUGAUAAUAGCCACCUCAUAAACCCAUGCCCUCAGACACCUCUAGACGAUUUAUUCGAUAUCUUCGUCACAGGUCGAUCUCUCCUCGAUGCGAUCGAAGAAAUGAACACAUUACCCCUCGAUGACCCAAAAAUCAGCCCAAAGGCCUGUUUUGCGUCACUCCAAACCAUAAUGGAAUAUCGAGACCGAAUAACAUCUUGGUACGCCGAGAAGGAAGCACAAAUCGGAGGUCCUCCGAUAGUCUGCGAAAUAAAAGACACGAGAUUAUUCAACAAGAUGCUACUCGACGACAACCCCUUCGGGUCAAUCUACCGAUUCGUUUCAUUGGACAAUGCCAGGAUUCAUAUCCUUUACUGGACAGCCAUGAACUUCGCCCAUACGCUUGUCUACAGGGCACAGAUGAUGGUUGUAUCUGCCAAUCGCGCAAUCUUCCCUUCUGACAAUUUCCCCACCGACCCGUCAAACUAUGAGUCGUUCGUUAUGGCGAGCCAUUAUACCGACCAGGUCUGUCGGGCCAUUCCCUACUGCAUGCAGCCGAUGCAUCGGAUAUGGGGCACGCAUAUUGUCUUUGGGACUAUCGGCAAUGUCUUUAGAACCUAUAUUCAAAGGCUGAAUCGGGAGAAAUUCCUCUGGUGUCAUCGUGUUCUGGAGACAGCUGGGGCCCUUGGUUUAGGGUUGGCCUUCUAUUUUUCAGGAGUCGCGAAUAGAGAAUGGGCUGCCAUGGAGGGGCUAAUAGAGCCGAUGGUUCGAACCCCAGAAUAUGCGUCAAGUUCGGAUGAUCAAUACCCUCUAGAUGAUCUGAUUGAUUCAAGUUCCCCACUGUCUAGCGAUUAUUUUUCGCAGCCUGUCGAUUUGCAAGUCGAUUUCCAACUUGAAGAGAUACCGGCGCUAUCAUUUGGAGAAAUCUGUCUAGCGCUUUGA